GAGCCACGCUGCGGGCCCACUCCCACCGCCGGUGCGAGGCUGGCCCUGUGUGUCACCAGCACACGCUGAUGCGAGCCCUGCUUCGACGUGCGUGUCAUGGCUUAAAAUAGCUGCCAAGCGGCCCCGCGGUCUGGCAGAGGCGGCGGCGACAGCGGGAGAUCAUGGCCCAGGGGCUGCGGGCGCCGGCGACCUGCCUCGGGGACUGAGGCCCGCGCACCAGGAGCAACAGCUACCUGGAGGCUGAGCGACCAUCUCUGCAGCCACUCGGACAGCUGCCGCGGUUUCUGCCACCUCUAAGAUGUGCCCUGGGAACUGGCUCUGGGCCUCCAUGACUUUUAGGGCCCGCUUCUCACGGAGCAGCUCAAGGUCUCCAGUUCGCACUAGGGGCGCCUUGGAGGAGAUGCCAGCUGUUCACCAUCCCUUCCUCAAUGUCUUUGAGUUAGAGAGGCUUCUCUACACAGGCAAGACAGCCUGUAACCACGCCGACGAGGUCUGGCCAGGCCUCUACCUCGGAGACCAGGACAUAGCUAACAACCACCGUGAGCUCCGGCGCCUGGGCAUCACCCACGUCCUCAAUGCCUCACACAGCAGGUGGCGGGGCACACCUGAGGCCUACGAGGGGCUGGGCAUCCGCUACCUGGGUGUUGAGGCCCAUGACUCGCCCGCCUUUGACAUGAGCAUCCACUUCCAGACUGCUGCCGACUUCAUCCACCGAGCACUGAGCCAGCCUGGAGGGAAGAUCCUGGUGCACUGUGCUGUGGGGGUGAGUCGGUCCGCCACGCUGGUGCUGGCCUACCUCAUGCUGUACCAUCACCUCACCCUCGUGGAGGCCAUCAAGAAAGUCAAGGACCACCGUGGCAUCAUUCCCAACCGGGGCUUCUUGAGGCAGCUCCUGGCCCUGGACCGCAGGCUGCGGCAGAGUCUGGAGGCAUGAGGGGAGGGGCAGGGAGUUCGGGCAGGCACAGGGUCCCUGCUCCCAGCUGGAGAGAGGAGGCCCAGGGGGCAGGUGCAGGGAGGCUCAGAUAACCCAUCCUCUCCUCCACGCAGGAGAGGGAGAGGGCCCCACCAUUGCUAUUUGUCUUGAUGGGAUGGGGUGUGAGGGUGGCCAGUAGGAUGGAUGCCCCAGAGGGAGCUGACCAGGGAAAGAAGCAACCAGGCUGUAGGUAGAGUCAGUCCUGGAAUUCAGACACCGCUGGAUUCCAGCCAGGGAGCCCCAGUGAUUCAGAGCCCUUCCCCCUCUUCAUGCCCAAGUGUCCUCUUUCUCGCUUGUCAGAACAAAAGGGUCAUCUCUGCCCUGUGCGUGUGCAGGGAGUCAGGAGAGCGGCAGGCAGCGUGACGGUGUAGGGCUGUGUGAGGGGGUAGUGGGGAGACAGCCGGAGAAGAGGUGGUAUAAAAGCUGUGAAACCCCGGGGAGAAACCCACAGACUUGUUACUCCAAGCACAGGAAGAGGAGGUGUGGGAGGGUUGGCACUGUGCCCACGGCUGCUGAUUGUGGCCCCAAACUGCAAAGGUGCGUGGCUGGGAAUCUUUAGAUGAUCACUCGCUUACUGGGUCCAGGGGUCUUGAGAAAAAAUAAAGAUGGUGGACAAGAAGAGA